AUGUCCCUCUUUACAGUGCAUUGCAAUUUCACUGCGCAGGAGGAUGUGGAGUUAUCUGUUCGAAAGGGUGAAAUUGUUACGGCUAUUGAUGAAGAUACGCACGAUGGGUGGGUACAGGUAGAAGUUGUUGGUGACAAGGAGCGCGUGGGGUUUGUUCCACUCAGUCACUUAACUCCUAGUGUCGCUCAGGUUGGCGGGGACAGUAGAUUACAAUCGUCAGCGGUAGGGGCAACAUCGUUAGGAAACUGCUCCUUUUUAGUUGAUGAAUCACCCAAAGUGUGCAACUCUGCAAAACAGUCGAAACUGGACUGUUCAUAUAUGUUAAAUAAGCAUAAUUCACAUAGUAUGAUAGGGAACAAUUAUGAUUCCGUCGGUACGGUGGGGGGUUCAUCUUAUGUCAACGCGAUGGAGCUUGAUGUAGUUGCAAACACGCACGUGCGGUCGCUGAGUGACACGGACCAAGCGACGAGAAGGGCACAAAUAAGUGGUAAAACGCUAGGGACAAACCUGCAGAGUGCAACAGAUCCUUCUACUAAUUCCCUUCUUUACGAUACAGGAGCCGUUGUUGAAUCUUUCAUGAAAAAUGAGCUGCAUCUUAAGCAACUUGCGCGGCGGCGACAAGACGAACUUGCUAAGAUGCGGUCUGCACUGGAAGAGGCGAAGAAUGACGUGGGAGUGUGUAGGGAAAAGAAAGAGAAACUUGCUGUGAAGUUGCGCGAUUUAGAUCUAUCCAUGGAUAGGAUGAGGAAGCGCUGGAAGAAUAUGUUGGAACAAGAAAAGGACCACAUUCUUCGCUCGAUGACUAGCAGUGGAAUUGAUCACUAG